AUGGAGAAGGAUGUCACGACAAAGGCUGAUGAUGUGUUAUCUAGAGAGAUUCGUGAUCUUAAGAAAUCAAUGAGAAACCUCCAAACUACGAGAGGAAACAAAAGCCUAGAAUAUGAGGAUCUGUGUGUGCAACCUGACAUUGAUUUGCUUGUAGGGUACAAACCACCAAAGUUUGAUAUAUUCAAUGGAAUUGGUGACCCUCAUACACAUCUAAGGGCAUAUUGUGACAAACUAGUAGGAGUGGGAAGAGACGAGAUGGUCAAAAUGAAGUUGUUCAUAAGAAGUUUAUGUGUUGAAGCUCUUGCUUGGUAUACACAACAAGAUCUCCAUAAAUGGCGUGGGUGGAGUGAUAUGGCACAAGACUUUAUGGAUCGAUUUAAGUUCAAUACCAACAUCACACCAGAUAGGUUCUACCUGACUAAGUUGAAGAAAAAGUCAACUGAGACAUUUUGUGAGUAUGCUCUAUGUUGGAGGUCAGAAGCAGCUAGAGUCCAACCACCGAUAAGUGAAAGUGAAAUGACUGCUACCUUCACUGAAUGUCAAGAUAACAGCCUUUACUAUGAUAAAAUGAUAACUAUGAUGGGACAAAAAUUCAGAAAAAUCAUUAGAAUGGGAGAAAUCUUGGAAGAAAGAAUCAAAUUAGGAAGAAUCCAAGAGUUUACAGCCUUGCAUGCUGCAAGCAAAGCGAUUUAA